UCCAUAUUUUUAAAUAUCUGCUUUUGAAUUUAUUUUGAUAAAAAUGUUAAUUGCUGCCAUAGAGAAAUGCGCAGCAAUACUUCCCUGUGUAAUCAGCAGGAAGGUUGCUUUGCCGACCAUCUCAUGGAGCCUCACUAGCAGAAAUUAUUUCAACUGUCCGCCCACUAUGUCUUCACUUCAUGCCAACAACCAGUGUUUUCCUCCUGCUUCUUUCUUUUACUAUGGAAGUUUGAGAAAAUUCUCAAGUUCCCUUGAAAGUCAAUCAGUGGGAAUUACUCCAGUAGUAGCAUCAGUUCAUGAUCAUGGCAGUCGGAUUGAAGUGCGUGCAAAGAACUGGCCAAACUCUCUGCACAUUCCCCACGUGUGGCUCCGUGACCACUGCCGCUGUGCUCAGUGCUAUGACCCAAAAACUUUUCAGUGCAAUUUUGAUGUGGCCACCAUGCCUCUAAAUAUCAGGCCUUCCAAAAUUGCACUUCUUCAAGAUGAACUUCAUCUUACUUGGCCAGACGGCCAUGAGUCACGCUACACGCUGCAGUUCCUGUGGCACCACAGCCACGGGGGCCACACCUCCCAUGCCAGGGACACGCGUGUUGCCUGGAGCGCCAAGACAUUCCCACCUCUCCACCAAAUUUCUGUGCCCGAGAGUACCAUAUCAGGCCCAGGUCUGCGUAAGGUCUUUACGCUCUUGGAACAGUACGGCGUAGCUCUCAUAACCGAGGUGAGUCCGGACUUGGACUCGACCAUCGCAGUGAGUAACCACAUCGGCCCAACUCUGAAGACCUUCUACGGGGACACGUGGGUAGUGCGGGCUAAUGGCGAGAGAGCUGACGCUGCGUAUACGAGGGUGGCCCUGGGGGCCCAUACAGACGGCACUUACUUCACACAGGCGCCGCGCGUACAAGUGUUCCAUAUGGUGGAGGCAGCGCCAGAGGGCGGGGAGACGCUGCUAGUGGAUGGCCUCAGAGUCGCACAAGUCAUGCAGACCAAACAUCCUGAUGCUUAUGACUUCUUCUCCACACAUGCCAUUCCUGGCCAGUAUAUAGGAGACGGUCAGCAGCAAUACGCUCUACUCAAAACCUUCAUUCACCAUCCUGUCACCGGAGCCUUCCAGCAAUUCAGAUACAACCUGUAUGAUCGCGCCCCCCUGAGCACCCUGAGCGUGGGCGCCGUGGAGCAAUACUACCGCCACCUGCAGACGCUCGCCUCCGUCGUCACCGACCAAGAUGCCGGCGUCUGGCUCAAGCUCCAGCCAGGUAGCGUUUUGUUCGUGGACAACUGGCGUGUGCUGCACGGCAGGGCGGCGUUCUCAGGGCCCCGCUGCUUCCUCGGCUGCUACAUCAGCAACGAUGACUACAUCAGCACACUGCGUACUGUGAUGCAGCUCAAUGUGAUGAAGUGAUGACUACAUCAGCACACUGCGUACUGUGAUGCAGCU